AAGGGACCGACAGCAGCAGUGGAAAGCAGGGAAUUGAGUUCUGGAUUGGGGUCUGGCCAGCGACCCAGGGCCCCCUUCUAGGCUGCAGCCAGCAGGAGUGUGGUCCUUCACCCGGAAACUCUACAAAAGCAGCUCCCACCAGAGGGAAUAUUAGCAUCAUAAAGAUGAAGGGAGACGCUGCAUAUUCCACUGGGGGCUCACGGCAGAAGCAGGAGGGGAAGCUCUGGGACUCCAUGAAGACAACUGGCCUCAUACUGGGCACUAGCCUGCUGCUGUUUGCUGCCUUCAGGAACUCUGUCACCUGGCACUUGCAGAAGUUCUGGGGGGCUUCGGGCGAUUUCUGGCAGGCCCAAUGGGAGAAAGUGCUCCACCUGCUUGGAGGAAACGAAUGGGCAAUUUUCUUUCUAGGCACAGCCUUAGUUCCGAGCCUUGUUUACUGGUGCUUCAACGGACUCCUGAUGGUGACAGAUGUGACCGGAAAGCCAACUUUCAUCACCCGUUACCGCAUUCAGUUGGGCAAAAACGACCCUGUGGACCCAGCGAAGCUGCGGCAGGCUGUGCACACAGUGCUGCUCAAUCAGCUUUUCGUCUCUCUCCCAAUGAUGAUGCUCAUGCUCCCCAUCAUGAAGUGGCGGGGACAGCCCUGCAGCAAGGAACUACCCACCUUUCACUGGUUCCUCCUGGAGCUGUCCAUCUUUAUCCUGGUGGAGGAAAUUCUCUUCUACUAUUCACACCGGCUUGUUCAUCACCCGCUUCUGUACAAACGCAUACACAAGAAGCACCAUGAAUGGACAGCCCCCGUUGGUGUGGUCUCCCUCUAUGCUCAUCCGGUCGAGCACGUGUUUUCCAACAUGUUGCCUUUGCUGGUGGGUCCGAUAAUCCUGGGAUCCCAUGUUGCCUCCAUCAUGGUGUGGCUCUGCCUUGCUAUUCUGGCUACAUCCAUCUCGCACUGCGGCUACCACCUGCCUUUCCUCCCCUCGCCGGAAUUCCACGACUUCCACCACCUCAAGUUCAAUCAGUGCUAUGGAGUCCUGGGGGUGCUGGACCGCCUGCAUGGAACGGACACGCUCUUCAAGCAAACCAAGGCCUACGAGAGGCACGUCAUCCUGCUGAGCCUCACCCCUCUCACGGAGACCAUUCCCGACUCGCCCAAGAAAGCCAAGUGAACCCGCCUCCUCCGCGGCUUGCGGCACGCUCACAACAGGGGGACUCACGAGAGCUUGGAACGAUGAUUCUGCCAAAUAAUUUUCUAAUAAGAAGCAGGUUAUUGUUCAUCCUAAGUAUCAAAGACAAAGUGGAACUGUAACCUGUUGCUGGGGAGAUUUGCACUCGCUUCCCUUCGGCCCCCACCAGCCCGGAGCGCAAAGCUGAGCUCCAAGCAGCAGCCCUACAGCUGGGGGGCCUCCUGAAGUGAGCGUAGGGUUUUCUUAGUCCCCUGGAUCAAGCUGCCCACAAACUGCCCCACGCAGGUUCCCUUCCAGCCCACAGAAUUGGCUGCUGUUUAGAUCUCCCAUUUCCUGCUGGAGGCUUUGGGGCCCAGGACAUCUCACCUGUGCUGCAUGGGGAGUCGCAGGGGAAUUCAAGAGCACUGCGCUCCAGACAUUCAGCCUGGCCCAAUCUCAUCCCAGCACUCUGGGCCUGGGAGAAUCAACCUGAACACCCCAUGGAAACAUGCCUGUUGAGGCAACGUGGCCCUUCGUAACCACUUUGCCAGCACCAUCAGCCCUGAGAGCUCAACUUCCCACAGUACAAUUAUUCCCCAUACCUAUGACAUAAGGGCUUCAAGCUUUAAACCAUCACUGAUCACCAGUGAGGGUCAGGCAGAAGCUACCCCCACAUGGUACUGUGCUACAUUACUGGGAGCACUGAGUAGGUUUUAUUGUUUUAACAAUUAAUACGGCAGGUGAAACCAAAAUGCAGGUCACUAAGGGAACUUUCCAGGAGGGAGGCUCUGGAGCUGAAGUCUCAUUAGCACAGCCAGUAUGGGCAGACUGCUCCAUCCCACCGAGACUCACCUCACUUCCAACACAGCAAAGCAGACAGAGGGAAACCCCUAGGAUUUCAUAAAGUUAUACGCGAUGGAAGAGCUCCCCACCACCACUGUUCUCCUGAGCUGUUUAGUAGGGAGUGCUGCAAAACCCUUAAAGAAAAUGGUCUCCCAGUCAGAAAACCACUACACAAUUAGACACAACUGAAAGUAUCACAUGGCGCACCGAGAGCUGAAAGUCAGAACUGAGGUGUGUUAGCAGAGCAGUAUGGGGGCCCGGGGCUGGAACGAGCAAGGGAAGAGUGCACUGGAUUGAGACUAAGCAGUCCUGCAAGAGCUCUUCUGCUGAGAGCUUGUAUAGCGCCUAGCUGCAGUGUACUGAUCAGGUGCCAUCAGUCUCUCAUCUUCACGAGUAUUGAUUCCACAUGAGACGUGUCUCAUCUGUCGCUCAGACCCUUAGACCCCAGAGCACGACCGAGAAGAGAGUAAGGAAGGUUGCAGGGACAGGAGAGUCCAUACCACACUGUCUUUUGAGGUUUUUAUUUUUAUACAUUUUUUUGUAUUAAAAAGGAAAAAGCAUAAUUACCACAAAUUACAAAGGACUAAAGCAUUACUAGAAUAAUGAAUCACAUCAGCCUAGAAAGCAGAUACUCUGAAUAAUAUUAAUGUUAUAAUACAAGCUCUCGUUCAAGUAUUUUACAUUUUUUGUUGUUGUGGUUGUUUUUUUCCUUUUAAAUGGGAUGAUGAUCCUAGCACACAAGUCAUUAUGUACUAUCAACAGAAGAUGGAUCACAGAGUGGGUCGUAUUAACAAGAUUUUCCUCCCCCGUGAUGAGUGGUCUGAUAAGUCAUUUUAAAUUUGUCUCUACAAUUAAACGUAGCUGAAGAAGGUUGCAAAACACUUUUUCUCUUUUGUUUUUGGGAGUAGAUGGGGAUGAGGUUGGGAUGGGCAGCCAGAUCAAACUAAUAUCCCCCUUUGUUCUGGCUGAGUAAUUGGGCAUCUAGACAAAAACACUGGCUCUUUAUUGAAAAGCAGGUUAUCCACACAGCUUUGAGCAGUUCAGAGUGAGACCAGACACUGGAAAACCCUCCCUGCUCCAACCACUUCCAGUUAAAGCUCAGUGUCAAUUUCCGAGUCGGUGAAAGUACAUGCCGCAGGGACCAACCGAGGCUGGGGCUGGAAAGGGAGGAGAGUUCGGCCAUCCUUUCCCACAGGCACACAACACUAUGCCAGGAAGACUCCAAUGGAUGAAACGAUACCAAGCCCCCCUCUCCCAGGGAUAUCAUUGGUACAAGCCAACCUAUUGUACACGACUGAUAUUCUGGAGGUGAUGAGAAGCGGGCAUGUACCACUGAGGAAUAAAGAGGAGGGGUUGGGGUGUUAGUUGAAAUACAUCUGACUUUCGACAUGAAAGUGUCUAUAAAAACCAAACUGGAUAGGUUUAAGCCCAUGCCCUUUCCCGCUCAGAGAGCUUCCAACAAUAGGGUGUGCUCGUCACAGAUACGUCGGUCCUAUGUUCAAGUGUCUUCAGAAAGUGAAGAUGUAAACGAUUCUUUGAAACGUUACCCCUAGAAUUUUUUUUUUAAAGUCACUCCACCCAAUCCACAUCAGAGAUGAAACUGUUUUCCAAAAAAACAAACACUCCCCUCAAUGAUUAUAGGAAUUGGAAAUUAAAACUAAAAAGUCAGUGAGGCAUUUAACAUCAAGUGUAGCAACCCUCUCCUUAGUAAGAGCCUAACGUUGAUUCCAAAAGAAAGCGAGCGGACGACCCAAAGUCUCGGAGAAGAGACACACACAGGAUACAGAGCAUUGCAAACAAUUUGCUACAUUGACAGAUUUGUGUGUGUGUUUUUGCUUGAUAAAAAACAAGAGAGAUCAGAAAGGCAUUACCAGCUAAAAGGCUCCCCUCCGCAUUGUCGUAUUGUACGUGUACAGAAGUAUGGCAGAGUAUUGAGGUUAAUAUGUCAUUUGUU